GUGAUCUUCCAGUUAUGUUGUACAUGCAUACAUUCAGAUUUGUCUGUGUCUUUAUUGAUUUUGAUAAGGUGAACCAAAGUAUUGUUGUUCAUUCCUGAAACUACUCACUCAAGGCAGAGGACUGGAGCCACAAAAUGUGACAGAGACAAGAUUUACCUUUAUACAGGUGUUAUAAUUACAAUGGGUAGUGAGAUGAAGUGUUGUGUGGGGGUAGUGCUCCUCCUGACUUGUUUUAGUGGAGGGUUCAGUGCAGAUCCAGUGUUAACACCUGAGAUAGUGACAGAUUCGGGGGGAAAUUCAGCCAACGCCAAUAGCUCCAUUACGUGGGGACCAUUACCCACCUAUGAUUCUUACACAGCGGGGAGCAUUACAUAUGAUGCAUCAGGACUUACACCUCUGUACAAUUUUGCCAAGGCAUUUAUCAAUGGGGCAGUUUUUCCUUAUGGAAUUCCAUGGGAUUUGAUGGAGAAAGCAAUAAAUGGGACACUUAUAAGUGAUGUUACAACAAAUUAUAUGUCAUAUCUGAGGCAGUUUGCUGGAUAUGGAGCCUGUGUAGUUAUAGGAUUUCUCUUCGUCUUUCUCUUUCCCCUCAUUGGACUCUGUUUUUGCUGCUGUCGCUGUUGUUGUAAGAACUGUGGGGGGAGAAUGAUGCAGAAUCACGAAGACGCUAAGGCAGAUUGUAAAAGGAGGACAUAUGCCAUCAUACUCUUCAUUCUUAUAGCAUUCACAAGUGCGGGUAUGAUUUGUGUCUAUUUGUCCAAUGAUCAGAUGUCUACAGCCCUGAAUAAGUUUGAUGAUGUUGUUGUGUCUAAUGUGGAUGAUCUUAACACCUAUGUGUCUAACACAGUCAAGGAAACAAAGUAUGUAAUGAAAUCUAAUUAUAAUUUCACCUCAUCAGUGAUAUCCAGAGACCUUGACAAUAUAGGGUACGUACUGGGUAUUCCGAUCCGCACGGCACUGAAAACAGAAGCCCAGCUGGACACCGCCAUAUCUUCUGCCAAUGCUCUGGUCACACGAGUGACACAGAUAGCUUCUGCAUUGACGACAUUAAACACGACCUUGGGAGAUGUCAAGGUGAAGGCCAGCAUCCUGAGCUCUAAUCUGUCUACACUCAAGACUGACAUUGAUGCAGCUUUAACAAGUGCAAAUUGUCCCAUAACCCCAGGGUGUCCUGACACCUCCAAUGUCAACAUGGGCUUUGAUCCAAAUGACUUUCCAGACAUCAGUGGGCCAAUGUCAUCUAUAUCAUCAGUGGAAGGUCAGAACUUGUCAGCUAUAAUAAUACAGGCCCAGACUGAAGUUGACAACAUCCCAGAAAGAGUCACUAAUGAGACCCAAAACACAGUGUCAGAUAUAAAGGAUAUGGUGUCUAACUUUUCAAGUGAGAUAGAUCCACUGAUAGAGAAGGUCGAGAGUAUGCAGGACGCAAUCUCUACCAAUGGAACUCUAGCAGACAUAAAGAAACAGGUGACUGAUGGUGUCAACACAGCAUCUUCCUAUGACAAAUACAGAUGGUAUGGUGGUGUAGGACUGACUUCUAUAGUCCUAUUGAUAGUCCUGUUACAGCUGCUGGGCCUGUGUUUUGGAACAUUCAGCCAGAAUUCAGACAGGUUACCAGUAGAGAGAGGAUGUGUUGGCACUGCUGCUGGAAAUAUGCUCAUGGCGUCUGUGGGCUUUGUGUUUAUAUUUGCCUGGCUGUUGAUGAUGUUGACGACCCUGACCUUUAUUGUCGGGAGCCCGCUAGAACGAUUUGUCUGUCAACCUCUUACUGACUCCUCCCUCAAUGAUCUAGAAACGCUGGUGGAUGACAAGAUAUACAAGUUUCAGUAUGGAACAUCUGAGGGGUAUUUUCUCGGUAAAGUUUUAUUUAACAACGCAUCUAUUAACCUGACUAUCAAGGGACUGUUGCAAGAUUGUCAAGCUGGUGGAGCAGCAUACACAGCACUAAAACUAAAUAACUUGUUUGAUGUGACUACUCUAACUAACUUCACAAAU